AAAAGCGGAUAUUUGGCGGAGGCUGUGUCGCGAUGUGUGAACAUUGGUGACGCAGCGUCGUGCCGAGUGCCCGCCCCUCUCGGUUGCCCGACGUUCGCGGCUCGCGAUGGGGAAGAAAUCCCGGGCGGUACCCGGCCGCAGGCCCAUCUUGCAGCUUUCUCCGCCGGGUUACCGGAGCAGCACUCCAGGCCGGGACCUGGAGGCAGAACCCGACACCGAGCCGGACUCGACGGCGGCGGCGCCCAGCCAGCCAUCCCUAGCGGCGGCGGCGACGACCACCGCGGGGACUGCGGCCUCGCCUCGGGACGACUCGCCUUCCGAGGAUGAACAGGAAGUAGUGGUGGCGGUCCCCAGAGUUGUUGAGAAUCCUCCCAAACCAACCAUGACCACCAGACCCACAGCCGUUAAAGCAACAGGAGGUCUGUGCUUACUUGGUGCAUAUGCUGACAGUGAUGAUGAUGAGAGUGAUGUUGCAGAGAAACAUGCACAGUCUAAAGAGGUGAAUGGAAACCAGUCAGCUGAUAUUGAUAGUACAUUGGCCAACUUCCUAGCGGAGAUAGAUGCAAUAACAGCUCCUCAGCCUGCAGUUCCUAUAGGAGCAUCAGCUACACCUCCAACUCCACCUCGACCAGAGCCAAAAGAAUUGGCAACAUCUGCCCUUUCUUCCACUACUUCAAAUGGAACAGACUCAACCCAGACAUCAGGGUGGCAGUAUGAUACUCAGUGUUCAUUGGCAGGAGUUGGAAUUGAGAUGGGAGAUUGGCAAGAAGUCUGGGAUGAGAACACAGGAUGCUAUUAUUAUUGGAAUACACAAACAAAUGAAGUGACUUGGGAGUUACCCCAGUAUCUUGCUGCACAGGUGCAAGGAUUACAACAUUACCAGCCCAGUUCUGUAACAGAUGCUGAAGCUAAUUUUGUAGUAAAUACAGACAUGUAUACAAAGGAGAAAAACCCUUCUGUUUCCAGUAGUAAGAGUGGAUCAAUCAUACCCAAACGAGAGGUUAAAAAGGAAGUAAAUGAAGGAAUCCAGGCUCUCUCAAAUAGUGAGGAGGAGAAGAAAGGCGUGGCAGCAUCACUGCUUGCUCCUUUAUUGCCUGAGGGAAUAAAAGAGGAAGAAGAGAGAUGGAGAAGAAAAGUAAUUUGUAAAGAAGUAGAGUCAGUUUCAGAAGUAAAAGAAGUAACUGCAACAGUAGAGGAGGUGGCAAUAGUAAAGCCACAGGAAAUUACACUGGACAAUAUGGAAGACCCUUCUCAGGAAGAUCUGUGCAGUGCUGUUCAGUCUGGAGAAAGUGAGGAGGAAGAGGAACAAGAUACCCUUGAGCUGGAGCUAGUUUUGGAAAAGAAAAAGGCAGAGUUACGAGCCUUGGAGGAAGGAGAUGGUAGUGUGUCAGGGUCUAGUCCGUGUUCUGAUAUCAGCCAGCCAGCAUCUCAAGAUGGGAUGCAUCGACUUAUGUCUAAAAGAGGGAAAUGGAAGAUGUUUGUUCGAGCUACCAGUCCAGAAUCCAUCAGCCGGAGUUCUAGCAAAACUGGACAGGAGACUCCAGAAAAUGGAGAAACUGCAAUUGGUGCUGAAAAUUCAGAAAAAAUAGAUGAGAAUUCGGACAAAGAGAUGGAAGUAGAUGAAUCACCAGAAAAGAUAAAAGUACAAACAGCACCUAAAGUAGAAGAACAGGAUUUGAAAUUUCAGAUUGGAGAACUGGCAAAUACCCUGACAAGUAAAUUUGAAUUCCUAGGCAUUAAUAGACAGUCCAUCUCCAACUUUCAUAUGCUGCUCUUACAGACUGAGACUCGGAUUGCAGACUGGAGGGAAGGGGCACUUAAUGGAAAUUACCUUAAACGAAAACUACAGGAUGCAGCAGAACAGCUAAAACAGUAUGAAAUAAACGCCACUCCUAAAGGCUGGUCCUGCCACUGGGACAGGGAUCAUAGACGAUAUUUCUAUGUAAACGAACAGUCGGGCGAGUCUCAGUGGGAGUUCCCAGAUGGUGAGGAGGAGGAGGAGGAAAGCCAAGCACAAGAAAGUAGAGACGAGACUCUUCCUAAACAGACCUUGAAAGACAAAACUGGCACUGAUUCAAAUUCUACAGAAACCUCUGAGAAUUCCACAGGUUCUCUUUGUAAAGAGUCUUUUUCUUCAUCACUCAUGCCACUCACUCCAUUCUGGACCCUCCUUCAGUCAAAUGUGCCAGUGCUUCAACCUCCAUUACCUUUGGAAAUGCCACCACCCCCACCUCCACCCCCAGAAUCCCCCCCUCCCCCUCCCCCUCCUCCCCCUCCUCCCAUAGAAGAUGGUGAGAUCCAAGAGGUAGAGAUGGAGGAUGAGGGAAGUGAGGAGCCUCCUGCCCCAGGAACAGAGGAGGAUACUCCAACAAAACCUUCAACAAAAGUCACAGCUGUGAUUAGCCAGAGUUCAGUUGACGCUACCAUCUCUAGUUCUCCUUCCACUAAAGCAAUAAAGAGAAAAGCUACAGAAAUUAGUACUGCAGUAGUUCAGAGAUCAGCUACCAUUGGUAGUUCUCCUGUCCUCUACAGCCAGUCAGCUAUAGCUGCAGGUCAGCAGGCAACAGGGAUUGGAAACCAGUCUGCAGGGAUUGGAUACCAUGCAAUAUCAGUUAGCCGUCCAGCAACAGGAAUGGGUCAUCAGGCCAGAGGAAUGAGCUUACAGUCAAAUUACCUAGGACUGGCAUCAGCUCCUGCAGUUAUGAGCUAUGCUGAAUGCUCUGUCCCAAUGGCAGUGACUGCUCCCACACUGCAGCCAGUGCAGGCCCGAGGUGCUGUGCCUACCAGUGCCGUAAUAGAACCACCACCUCCUCCUCCUCCUCCUCCUCCACCUCCGCCUCCGCCUCCACCUCCUCCUCCACCUCCUCCACCAGCUCCCAAAAUGCCACCAUCUGAGAAGACAAAAAAAGGAAAGAAAGACAAGGCAAAGAAGAGUAAAACCAAAAUGCCAUCUCUGGUAAAGAAGUGGCAGAGUAUCCAGCGUGAGUUAGAUGAAGAGGAGAACUCUAGUUCCAGUGAAGAAGACCGGGAAUCAACUGCACAGAAGCGAAUUGAAGAGUGGAAGCAGCAGCAGCUGGUCAGUGGCAUGGCAGAGAGAAAUGCUAAUUUUGAAGCCCUUCCUGAGGAUUGGCGAGCAAGACUGAAGAGAAGGAAAAUGGCUCCAAACACAUAAUUUAAAAUUCUUUUUAAUUUUUAUUACUGACUUAUUCCAUGUUCAGAGUCUUAAACCAGUUUUACAGUUGUCAAUAAACUAUAAAUGUUAUGAGGGAGAGCAUAUGAAUUUCCUGGACAAGAGCUUACUCAUACAAAAUUUUCACAUUUGUGAAAUGUAAUGUUUUCUGUUUUGCUGGAGAGUGUUUUGCUGGAGUAAUGUUUACUGCCUUUGUUCUCAUACUGUCAAACUCAGCAUGUUAGUUAGGUACAUUAACUUCAUCAGUCUGAAACAUGUGGCUCAUAAAUAUGACACUGCUAUAGAGGGCUCACUGACGAAAAGUGAAGAAUUUUCUUAACUACUAGGGACUCACUUAGUGCCUAGUGUGGCUCUCUCAUUAACUUAAAUUCCGGAACAAGUGCAAUUAAGAAGGCAGCUCUGUAUUCUACCUUGCUUAAUUGGGAUCAUCAAUCUCUUUCUGACCUGUUCCUCUAAACUGUCAUCUCUUAAGUGCUGAAGUAUAUAUCAGGUUGUUUACCUUUUGUUGACAGAUGGCCAUGCUCUUUACUCUUUCUCACAAAUUCUACAGCUGAUAGCACAGUCAUUUCACAUACUAGGUGGCAUAUUUAAAUUUCAAUACAGGCAGCAGCAGGUGUUCAUGUCUUUGUUUUUGAGAAUUUCUCCCUCCCAUACGUGGCAGUAAAUGUAACAAGAGCCAUUGUAUGUAUUAAUGUGACUCCAUUGUCUUAACCUUGUUCCAAAAUUUGCCUCCCUUUUAUGUGUGAAUGUACUCUUCAUAAAAUUCCAGUAUUUAAAAUGCAGUUCACUGUUCUGUAGAUUCUGUUGUAUCACAAUCAGGUAAAAGUCACUUUAAACUGAAGAAAAGGCAAGUUGUGUUUUAAAGCUGUAUUUCUCCAGUUUCUGACCUUGUAAAUUUGUAUAUAUGCACUAAUAAAGCUUUUUUUAUACUUGUGA